AGCAUGGCUUCCUGUGCUGAGCCCUCUGCCGCAGGACCAGAGCCUGCUGCCCCGCUGCCUGCCAGGGUCCCGCCACUGGAGGACUUUGAGGUGCUAGAUGGAGUUGAGGAUGCAGAGGACGAGGAGGAGGAGGAGGAGGAGGAGGAUGACCUGAGUGAGCUGCCACCAUUGGAGGACAUGGGGCAGCCCCAGACAGAGGAGCCAGAGCAGCCUGGAGCCCUAGCCCGAGAGUUUCUGGCUGCCAUGGAGCCCGAGCCUGCCCCAACCCCAGCUCCAGAGGAGUGGCUGGACAUCCUGGGGAAUGGGCAGCUGAGGAAGAAGACGUUGGUCCCAGGCCCACCUGGCUCAAGUCGCCCUGCCAAGGGUCAGGUGGUGACAGUGCAGCUGCAGACGUCAUUGGAGAAUGGCACGAGGGUUCAGGAGGAGCUGGAGCUGGUGUUCACCCUGGGCGACUGUGAUGUCAUCCAGGCCCUGGACCUCAGCGUCCCGCUCAUGGAUGUGGGGGAGACUGCCAUGGUCACCGCUGACUCCAAGUACUGCUAUGGCCCCCAGGGCAGGAGCCCCUACAUCCCCCCGCAUGCGGCCCUGUGCCUGGAGGUGACCCUGAAGACAGCUGUGGAUGGGCCCGACCUGGAGAUGCUCUCGGGGCAGGAGCGUGUGGCCCUGGCCAACCAUAAGCGGGAGUGUGGCAAUGCCCACUACCAGCGGGCUGACUUCGUGCUGGCUGCCAACUCCUACGACCUUGCCAUCAAGGCCAUCACCUCCAGCGCCAAAGUGGACAUGACAUUUGAGGAGGAGGAGCAGCUGCUCCAGCUGAAGGUAAAGUGUCUGAACAACCUGGCAGCCUCACAGCUGAAGCUGGACCACUACCGAGCCGCGCUGCGUUCCUGCAGCCUUGUGCUUGAGCACCAGCCCGACAACAUCAAGGCGCUUUUCCGAAAGGGCAAGGUGCUGGCCCAACAAGGCGAGUACAGUGAGGCCAUCCCCAUUUUGCGGGCAGCCCUGAAGCUGGAACCUUCCAACAAGACGAUCCACGCGGAGCUCUCGAAGUUGGUGAAGAAGCACGCAGCCCAGCGGAACACAGAGACUGCUCUGUACCGGAAGAUGCUGGGCAAUCCCAGCCGGCUGCCUGCCAAGUGUCCUGGGAAGGGCGCGUGGUCCAUUCCAUGGAAAUGGCUGUUUGGAGCGACUGCUGUUGCCCUGGGGGGUGUGGCCCUGUCCGUGGUCAUUGCUGCCAGGAACUGACCAUCCAGGUGGUCGCCACCCCCUAUGCACCAUGGACCCCACCCUGUGCUCCCCAGCUCCCUUGGCCCCUGUCCACUGUCCUCCUGACCCAGCCCCCUCCUCUGGGUUGGGGCAGCGAGGUUUGGGGGCCUUGCAACCCAGCAAGCAGGAGGGACUGUAGCCUUCUCAGAGGA